AUGAGCAUCACCCAGUUUAUUCUCAUUGGGCUGUCUGACGACCCCCACAUCCAAGUUCUGCUCUUUGUAUUAUUCCUGGGAAUUUACCUCCAGACACUACUGGGGAACCUGACAGUGAUAUUAGUGAUCAGGACUGACUCCCACCUUCACAUGCCCAUGUACUACUUCUUGAGUAAUCUAUCAUUCCUAGACCUCUGCUUCUCCUCUGUCACUGUGCCCAAGCUCCUGAAGGACCUCCUGUCUGCGAAUAAGACCAUCUCAGUAGAGGGCUGUCUAGCCCAGGUCUUCUUUGUGUUUCUUACUGCGGGAAAUGAAGCUUGUCUACUCUCAGUCAUGGCCUAUGACCGUUAUGCCGCCAUCUGCCACCCCUUGCUCUAUGACCAGGUGAUGAGCAACCAGCUUUGUCAGGUGCUGGUGUGGGGCUCCUGGGGCCUGGCCUCUCUCAAUGAAGUCAUCAUUGUGCUCUUGGCUAUUAAUCUGGAUUUCUGUGAUGCUCAAACUAUCCACCACUACACCUGUGAGCUGCCCUCCUUCUUCCCCCUGUCUUGCUCUGAUAUCUCCAUCAACAUCAGUAUCUUGUCCUUCUCCACUAUAUUCCUUGAGCUUGGAAAUUUCUUCCCAAUCUUCUUCUCCUAUGUUCAUAUUAUAUUCAACAUUCUGAGCAUCAGCUCCGCCACAGGCAGAAGCAAAGCCUUCUCCACCUGCUCCUCCCACCUCAUCGCAGUGAUCCUGUUCUUUGGCUCAGGUAUGCUUCGCUAUCUCAUGCCUCCCUCUGGUUCCUCCCUGGAUUUGCUUUCUUCCUUAUAA